CCCACUGGUUGUUGGGCCCAGCCGUCUCUCACCAUGGACCGGGACCUUCUGCGGCAGUCACUGAAUUUCCACGGGCCUUCAUUGCUCUCCCUGCUCCGGAGCGAACAGCAGGACAAUCCGCACUUCCGGAGCCUCCUGGGAUCGGUGGCCGAGCCUCCGCGGGGCCCGCCACCCCAGCAGCAGUUACAGGGCAGAAAAGAGAAGAAAGUUGACAACAUUGAAAUACAAAAAUUCAUUUCCAAAAAAGCGGAUCUGCUUUUUGCACUUUCCUGGAAAUCAGGUACACCUACAACUUCUGAAAUUAAUGAAGAUAAUGAAGAUCAUUAUGCAGUCAUGCCACCUUUAGAGCAGUUCAUGGAGAUACCUGGUAUGGACCGAAGAGAGCUGUUUUUCCGAGAUAUUGAGCGUGGUGAUAUAGUGAUUGGAAGAAUUAGUUCCAUUCGGGAAUUUGGGUUUUUCAUGGUGUUGAUUUGUUUAGGCAGUGGCAUUAUGAGAGAUAUAUCCCACUUAGAAAUCACAGCUCUAUGUCCAUUAAGAGAUGUGCCUUCUCUCAGUAACCACGGAGAUCCUUUAUCAUAUUACCAGACUGGUGACAUCAUUCGAGCUGGAAUCAAGGAUAUUGACAGAUAUCAUGAAAAGCUUGCAGUAUCUCUAUAUAGCUCAUCUCUUCCAUCACACCUAUCUGGUAUUAAAUUAGGUGUAAUUAGUUCCGAAGAACUUCCUUUGUACUACAGGAGAAGUGUUGAACUAAAUAGCAAUUCUUUGGAAUCUUAUGAGAAUAUCAUGCAAAGUUCUUUGGGAUUUGUUAAUCCAGGCGUAGUUGAAUUCCUUCUAGGAAAACUAGGAAUAGAUGAAUCUAAUCCACCAUCUUUAAUGAGAGGCCUACAAAGCAAAAAUUUCUCUGAAGAUGAUUUCGCUUCUGCCUUAAGAAAGAAACAGUCUGCAUCUUGGGCUUUAAAAUGUGUGAAGAUUGGCGUUGAUUAUUUUAAGGUGGGACGCCAUGUGGAUGCUAUGAAUGAAUACAAUAAAGCUCUGGAAAUAGACAAACAAAAUGUGGAAGCUUUAGUAGCUCGAGGAGCACUAUAUGCAACAAAAGGAAGUCUGAACAAAGCAAUAGAAGAUUUUGAGCUUGCUUUGGAAAACUGUCCAACUCACAGGAAUGCAAGAAAAUACCUUUGCCAGACACUUGUAGAAAGAGGAGGGCAGUUAGAAGAAGAAGAAAAGUUUUUAAAUGCUGAAAGUUACUAUAAGAAAGCUUUGGCUUUGGAUGAAACUUUUAAAGAUGCAGAGGAUGCUUUGCAGAAGCUUCAUAAAUACAUGCAGAAAUCUUUGGAAUUAAGAGAAAAACAAGCUGAAAAGGAAGAAAAGCAGAAAACAAAGAAAAUAGAAACAAGUGCAGAAAAGUUGCGUAAGCUCUUAAAAGAGGAGAAAAGGCUAAAGAAAAAAAGAAGAAAAUCAACUUCUUCCUCUUCAAGUGUUUCUUCUGCUGAUGAAUCAGUUUCUUCAUCAUCCUCUUCCUCUUCGGGGCACAAAAGGCAUAAGAAACAUAAGAGGAAUCGUUCAGAGUCUUCUCGAAGUUCCAAAAGGCAUUCAGCUAAGGCAUCCUCAAAUCAGAUAGAUCAGAAUAAGAAAGAUGAGUGCUUCCCAGUUCCAGCCAAUACUUCAGCAUCUUUUCUUAACCAAAAACAAGAAGUGGAAAAACUACUGGAAAAGCAGGAUAGGUUACCAUAUCAAAAGAAACAGGUAAAAGAAAAAGAUAGAUGCCCUUUCUCUUCAUCUUCAGUUGAAAUUCCGGAUGAUUUUGGAGGUAGGUCUGAAUAUCCAAGAGAUUUUUGUAAUAGCUAUAAAACUCAGGCAGGUAGUAGCAAAACAGAAAAGCCAUAUAAGUCAGAAAGACAUUUAUCCAGUAGAAGAGAUUCCUCAGAUUCCUUCUAUAGGAAUUCAGAGGAAAAGAUAAAAAUUUAUGGUUAUAGAAGAUUUGAAAAAGAUAUAGAAGGAAGAAAAGAGCACUAUAGAAAGUGGGAGACAGGUUCCGUGAAAUAUUCCACUUCACCAGCAAGCUCAGAAUACUCUUCAAAAUCAGUUGAAAAGUAUAAAAAAUAUACUUAUUCUGGAUCACGUGAUUUCAGUAGACAUGAGCAACGAUAUGAAUUAAAUAAAAAUCAAGGAGAAUAUGAAAGAGAGGGUAAUUAUGAGGAGGAUGCUAAAACUGAGGUCCCAGAAGAAGAAGGACUAAAUAGCAAAGAGCAUUCAGAAAGUGGAGUUAGAAAAAAUUUACCUCAAAAUUUACUCAAUAUAUUUAAUCAGAUAGCUGCAUUUGAGAAAGAAAAAGGGAGUAAGCCAAAAAAUUAAUAUGCCAAAGGAAUCAGCUCCAUUACACUAAAGGCUUUUAUUGAAAGAAUUAGGUCUUUUAGUUCUAAUAGCCCAGUGCAGAAGUCUCUGCUCUUGUGGUUAUUUUGUUUGUAGAGAUUAUAGAAAUCAAAUGCUUUUUAUAGCUAUUCUCAAAGUAUAUUUGUUUCAGUUGUAGGUCCCCUUUGCUUGAUUUUUUAGGUUUUUCAUAUGUGUGUUUAUGUACAGUAUUUCUUACUCUGAUGAUUUAAACUUCAUCUAAAGAUAACUCAAAGUAUUGUUCCUUCUUUGUAUUACGGUGUAUGAGAAUUCCUUGGGUCCACCUUAUCCUGCUGUUUGAGAGAAAAUUAAAUUUGUGUAUUGAACAGUUGGUUGUUUUUAUCAAAAAUUACUUAAUUCCCUUUUCUGUUAAAUUAAAAGCCCUUGGCUUUUGAAAGAGAUAUUGUUGAAUGUUCCUUAAGUACCAUUAAAUAUUAAAUUUUUUGCAUAAUGUUUAUUUUAAAAUGGUAGACAGAUUAUCUGUCUUGUCUAAUUGACCUCUAAAGUCUGAUUUAACUAAAAUGGUUUAUGUACCAGCUGUUUGACAAGUAUCUUAGGAAUAAAGCCAUAAAGUUGAUUUCUCUUUUUUUCCCCUUCUUGCUAGCAGUAUAGCCCUAAGAAAUUUCUUUAAAUAUUGGUAAGACCCUAAGAGACUACAUUCCAGGCUAUUCAAGAAUAGAUCAGAGUAGAAAAGACUGCUCUUAUUUAAAAAAAAAAAAAAAACAGUGGCAAGAGAAGCACACUAUAUAUCUGGUUUUCCACUAAGGGAAAGAAAAUCAGGAAACUGUCCUACUAUUGCAGAUGUCCAGUUAGGAAGGCACUAAGCAUGUUUGUAAAUAGCCUAGAGCUGGCCUACAUUUCUGCUUUUCUUCCUUCACACCUUUCCUCCAAUACCUCCUUUUUCUGACAGAACCUGACAAUACAUUUCAGCAACUAGAGUUAAAGAAGGAAGGAACUUGGAUCAUAAGGAUCCUCCCAAAUUAUUGAAAACUGUAUAGAACGGAAUAGAUGUAAAUAGGAAUAACAGGAGUUUAUAAUCAGCUUUUGAAUCCUUCCAACUCAUGAUACUGGAUGGGUAGGAUGGAGGGUAGUGAGAACCCAUCUACAAAGGUCUGUGUGAAAAGAACAAUAGAGAAAAAAACAUUUAGUCCUUGUCUGUUUCACAGCUCUUGCCAACAGUAAAUUACCAAAACUUUUAAGUAUAGCUGGGUGUGUAUUGUUUGCGAUCUUCAGACUUCAGAGAUGGGAGCUUAAUGAAAAAGCUAAAAUUUGUUUUUGAAUGGAACAGAAAGAGAAACUCUGGUCAAAACAAUAGGUAGAAAUCAGUCACUUUGGCAUUAAUCUUUGCACCAAGCAAUCCAUCUUCUGAAGAGUCCCUAGUUCUUCCCAUGUAUUAAAUAUUUCUGAUAUCAUCCCUACAUAGUCCUACAUAGUGGUGUUUUUAAAGAGUGGAAACUCUUGACAUACGCCUUGACAUUUAGGAAUUCCUAAUACAGCUUCAGAAUUUAUGUACACUUCAUUUAAUAAAAGCUCUUUGAGCAUCACUCUCAAA